AGCUCCUACGAUUAUAUCAUCGCGGGGGGUGGCCUUGCAGGCCUGGUACUCGCCUCGAGGCUUACUGAAAACUCGUCAGUGACGGUUUUGGUCCUCGAGGCUGGUGAUACGGGUGAUGCUGUCGCUUCGAUAAUCAAUACUCCCGCCGCCACAUAUUAUACUUCGCUCGUUGGAUCUUCCUAUGAUUACGCGUAUAAAACCGUUCCUCAAAGUGGCGCGAAUAAUCGGAUACUUAACUGGCCAAGAGGAAAAGUCUUAGGCGGGUCGUCUGCAAUCAAUGGGAUGUAUCUUGUCCGGCCGAAUUCAGCAGAAGUUAACGCCUGGCAUGAUCUCAUUGCACCGAAUGGCACUGCGGCAGCCGACAAUUGGAGCUGGGACAGCUUGUUGGCGGCCAUGAAGAAGAGCGAGAACUUUACCCCCCCAAUCGCCGCCGUCCAAUCCGUCGCUGGAAUGCAGUAUCAACGUUCAAGUCACGGUACGAAUGGCCCCCUUCAAGCAUCGUAUCCCGCAUACAUGGUCCCCGUGACGGAAACCUGGCUCCCGACUAUGCAAGCCGCUGGAAUUCCCAUUUCAGCUGAUGCUGAUAACGGUAAUAAUCUUGGCACGUUCUUUGCCACCUCCGCUAUCAACCCAACCAACUGGACGAGGUCGUACUCUCGGUCCGCGUACCUCGACCCCGCUUCCGCUCGAACCAACCUUCACGUUCUGGUGAACGCCACUGUAACUCGAGUUACUUGGGCAGACAACAUUGUUGCUGGCGACCUAUUUGCUUCCGGGGUCGAAUAUUCCACUGGCCGUGGAGCCGCGGUUAAUACGGUUAUGGCGAAUAAGGAGGUCAUUUUGAGUGGAGGUGCCAUUGGGAGCCCUCAGAUUUUGAUGUUGAGUGGGAUUGGGCCAAGGGAUGUUCUGGGAGCGGCUGGAGUUUCUGUAAAAUCAGAACUUCCCGGUGUCGGGCAACAUCUACAGGACCACCUGGUGCUUUUUUCUCAUCUGUCCGUCAACCUUGUAACACCGUCCCAGAAAACCCCCGAGUUCCUUUCUUUCGUAAACUCGGGAACCGCCUAUGUCCAAGGAAGCUUCCUUUAUGGGGGCAACACCUCAUUCGCUACUUUUUGCGAAGGCAUCACUGGAGCUAUCACGAACUCUUCACUUACACUGGUUCCCAGUCAAUAUUCUCAAGUUGUUGAUGGGUACAAGGCGAUCUAUGAAUCUCUCGCUAACGCUGUACUGCCCAAUUCCGGAAUAGUCGAGAUUCUUUUAAGCAUCAAUUCCCCUGGCGCAAUUGUCAUUCAAGCGGCGCUCCAGAUACCAUUUAGCCAAGGACGAGUAUAUAUCAACUCCAGUUCGGUGUUUGAUCAGCCAGUCAUCGAUCCCCAAUACUUUUCACAUCCUGCCGAUAUCACGACGAUGCGCCAAGCCCUCAAAUUUGUCCGUCAAAUUGGCAACACUUCUCCGCUGAAGGACAUUCUUGGCGCUGAGGUCACUCCCGGACCAACAGUUAAUACCGACUCAGAUUGGGAAGCGUGGAUCAGGAAUAACGCAGCAACGGAAUUCCAUCCCACUGCUACUUGCGCGAUGCUUCCAGAAGCGCAAGGUGGUGUGGUAGAUGCGAAUUUAAAGGUGUACGGAACUUCAAACGUUCGAGUCGUUGACGGAUCCGUCUUC